GUGCUGUGCCUCUCCCAAACGUCUCCACCCCCCGCCCCUCCCUCCUUCUGGAAAGAUCCACUCUUGAUGGCUUUGGCUUGCGGAUAGCCACGCUGCUCUGGUCUAAAAAGCAAUCCCGCCACAUGACGACCCAGAGAAACUGAGCUAUAUACCCCGAACCUGCUUCUUAUAAUACAAGCAGAGAUCCCCAUUUAUUUCCGUGCUCGCCCAAACCAACCCCCAACCACCAAACCCGUAAGAUUCGUCUUGAGGCAGACCGCAAACACCUACCUCCUCCAGUCGAGAGCAUCUCAUACCACUUAUCAACCCGCUGAGGAUCUAGAAUGGAACUCAUGGAGCUGGUUGAGAAUGAACCCACUGUUCGACCCUUCCAGUGCGAGUGGCCGUCAUGUCAGAAGAACUUCAACAGAAAAUCCGACCUGCAGAGACACUUCAGGAUCCACACCAAUGAACGCCCAUACUCCUGCCUGACGCCCGGCUGCAACAAGAGCUUCAUCCAGAGGAGCGCCCUCACUGUCCAUAUUCGCACACACACCGGCGAGAAGCCGCACCAAUGCCAGCAAUUAGAAUGCGGCAAACGGUUCUCAGACUCAUCGAGUCUCGCUCGCCAUCGACGUAUCCACACCGGCAAACGCCCGUAUAAAUGCGCCCACGAAGGCUGCUUGAAGAGUUUCUGCCGCAAAACCACAAUGGUAAAGCACCAGCGCCGCUCACACCAGCGCGGCGGAGGCGUCAACUCCUCCGAGCUAGAAGACGGCGACACCUCCGACUCCGACAUGGGAGAAUCGCCAUCAACCCCCCAGCUCGUGAUGCAGGCCCACUGGCCCCAGGACCUCAACACAGUCAUCACCCACAGCGUCAUGCAGAGCCACCACCAAGCCACCCACCGCUCGCAAUCCUUUGCUGAUUUCGGGCAUUACCAUAAUGCAAACUCUCAACCCUACGUAACCACCGACGUCUAUCCCCCGCGCCACAGCCUCUCGGAGAGCCCGCAGCACUAUCAGCACCGCUCUCUUUCUCUUCAGGACCAGAGACACCCACAAGAUCUGAUCCAGCAGCAGCAACGACAACACCAACACCCCUACUUCAUCCCUGAACAAAAUAACCCCGGCGUGGCUACCAUGAACACAAACCCCAAUAGCCAUAUACAGACUUACAUCGCUCGCCAAAUCCCAGAUCUCCAAAUCCCAGAUCUCCAAAUCCCAUAUACGACACAACCCCUCCCCGCCUCCGUCUACGCAGGUUCAGAUACUUACUCCGCGUUAUCCGCACGCACGCCUCCGCCGCCAGAGCUGUAUUACGCACACCAGCAACCGAUUCAGAAAUUCGAAUACCCAGCGCACCAGCCCUCUCCCAUCGAUCAGCAACAGCAGCACCAACAGGUGCCAGUUGUGCAAUACCAGCGGCUGCAGGUGCAGCAGGUAGUCCCAACACCACAGCAGCAGCAGCAGUACCAGACGCCGCAGGAGCAGUGGUACGCGCAGGCGCCGUUUCAAGAGCCGGUGGAGUUGGCUAGUGCGAUUAACUCGUAUACGAGUGCGGGGCUGAAUGAUCCGUGGCAGCUGAAGAUGGAGGCGUUUGAGGAUCCGAGUAUGCAGUUGCCUAGUGCGAGGUGUGAGAAUCUUUGAUUUGAACUGCCAGAUGUGGAAAUCCGAAGAACCAAAUACACACAGGCAUGCAUAGACAGUGCCUAGCGCUACGACGUCGUCGACGGAGAUAAAGACGAAGAUGAGAGAUUUUAUACAAGAAGUCUAUACACCAACACCAACACCAACUCACUUACCCACUCACCCCUACUUUACUACGAUAACACCAAAAUUUCCGAUUAUUAUAUUGAUGAUAUACACGCACGAGACCCCGAACAACCACCGACAUCUAUUACGUUUCCUCAUAAUGAAAAGGGCCACCUCAACUCCACACAACCCACCGCCCGACUACCUCGAUCACAUCUAUCACCCUCUAUAUCACACAAAAAGCGCACCCUAGUUUCGGCUCCUCACAUACCUACUUAUUUUCGGGUUUCUGUUUUUGUCGUUUGGAUUUGCGUCUUUACUUAUUUUACUCGCACAUCAUAGCGCAUGCACAAAUCGCGGUCCUUUUAGGGAUUCCGCUCGAUGUUUUUGAUGACUCGGUGGACUUUUGUUUUUCUUGUUUUUGCGGACGUGUUUUCAAUGACGGAGGUGGGAGUGGAGGAUGAAUUGGGGAGUGG